GACUCUCUCUGUCUGGAGGACCAGACUGACGUUUUGCUGCCUGGCCCAACACGAUGUGACUGCCAGGAAGCGCGAGGGAGAGAGAGAGGCGGCACAGAGUGGGAGGAGAAGGGAGGAGAGCGCAUUGCAUUCAGAGAAGCAGCGGGGCCUGGCAGCGGGGCAACGGGGACAGAGGAGCAGCCGGAACUCCUCGGCAGAGCACGUCACGUCGCCGGACCGCCCCCUGACGUCAGCGACUCCGCGCCGCAGCACGGCCGCCAGCUCGCCGGCUUGCCGGAGAGCGACUCUGCAGAAAGGGCUUUGCGUCCGCCAGCUCUUUCAGAGACGCAUUCUCCCCCUCCCCCGUGGCCCGCCACCCAGAAAAGACCCACUGACCCCACGGAAGAAAGGAACAGAGGGGACUUGCAUCCUGAAACGGACGGACGGCAAGAGAAGCCACCGAAAGAUUCUCCACGGCCUCCGGAAGCAGCUGUCAUCAAAGAGCAGGCAGUGGGGGUGCUGACAGGGAGUAACUACACGGAGCUGGGAAGGACCCGGCCAGACUCGGCUCCGGAACCCCCCAUCCAGCCUGCCCUGCCACCAAGGCCCCCGGCUGCCAGCCAGCUACUUCAGCUCUCCAGCAUCUCAGAGGCGGAUGGAUUAAGAGACAGCAACAGCCCAGAGAAAUCCAAGGAGGCUGUUAGCAUCAAGCAUCUUUGGCCGCAAGGUGAACUACCCACUGAGAGAGAGGCGCCCAGGGGGACCCCUGCAAAGCCAGGAAUCGAGCACUCUGGGGUAAACUCGCACUCGAUGAAGGACAGUACCGGAGGCCAGGCAGGCGCCAUGAGAGGCCCAGAGACCCAAGGGGACCGGGGCCCGCCGAAGAGAGCAUGUGAUGGAACGUCGAUAGCCGUGGGCAGCUGCGCCUCCCUGCCUCCCCUGACUGUGCAGGAGAGCCUGCACCACCCAGUGGUGGAGAGCAGCUUCACCUUUCCAGAGUUCUUCAGCCUCAAGAAGCCAGAAACGCCACCUGUGCCAUAUACAGUGACAGAUCCACAAGCUGCUGGUCAUGAUAAGGCUCAUGCAGAGGUGGUAGAACCACAUCAAACAGUAGCAGAUCUGCUAGCCUCUGUCAGCAAGCCUGAACUGGAACCUGUCCAGCGAAGCAGCGAAACAGCUAUGGUGAUGGUGGAAGAGCUGCCAGUAGGACCAGGAACCGAAGGGGAGUCCAUCCAAAAAGGCCUUGAAGCAGAGGUGGUGAAACCCCCAACAUCUAUAACUACAAUGCCAGAGCUGAUGGAACCUGACCAACUAAACCACAAGGCAGAUGCAGUGCUGGUGCAACCCCAGAUGCAGCCACCUACAGCAGAACAUCUACCAGACAUUGGCACUAAGCACACAGAGGAGGACAGCCAGGUGGAAGAAACAGUAGAGGACAAGGACAAGACUAAGCAUGAUAUCGUGAAGGAUAUAUCUAUGGAGCAUGCAGAGCCAGAUCCAGCCAAGCUGCUGUCAGAUGAAGCCAUUUCACUGAAUGCUGACAGCCAAAUGGUCUCAGGGGUUAUAAGACCUGUGGAAGAAGAAACAAAGGGUAGAGCCUUUGGUCUCUCAGUAACAGCUGAGUGUGAGGGAGCUGACCUCACAGAGGCAAAGGAGGAGGGAGGUCAAAGGGCAAAGGUCAUGGAGACUGAAGGAACCGAGGAGGGAACAAAGACAGGUGGAGACGAUUUUAAGAGGAAGGCUGUGCCAGCUGCUGUGGAGGAGCCACCGAAAAUAAUCGCAGGAAAUUUGAGAGGAUUAGACAGGGAGGAGGAGUUGACCAUCUCAGUGGGGGCGCUGGACUCUUCCCUGGUGCCUGAGGGUUUCGCUCCUGCAGCAUCGUCAGAUGUCGCACAGCCGAACGAUGCUUCUCCCGUGACUCAGAAUGACUCCAAAAGUGAAUUAGAGAAGGCCUCACUCGCCCUAACUGAAGACCAGGAUCUAGGCGUGAGCUCCUGCCACUUCCCUGAAACUCCAAGAGAACAGAACCCAUUUCUAAUCCAAAACAGACCCAUCAAACUCCAAGAUUGCAGUUCUGAUCCUGCGAGAUUCACAGAUUUAAUGGCAAAUGCAGUGGCUCCUGUCUUAAUGCAUCUUGAGUCAGGCCACCCAGACUCUAUUAGAGUAAAAGCUGAUGCCCUUACUUCAGUCACUGCUAGCUCACAUGGGUCUCUCCUCUGCCAAGGGGAGCUAACCAAUGAUUGGGAGCCAACAAUGAUUCUGCAGACUGGAAAUGAACACGAGAGGACAAGACAGGAAGAAAUGGGCCUUUCAUCAGAUAUGGCCAAUGGGAAGAGUGGGUCUCAGGGGGUUUCUGGUCUUCAAGAAACUGAUGUCAAUAUCCCCAUUGCUGUCUCCCAUGGUGACCUAGCAACCAACGAUGAACAUAGAGAUACAGUUUCAUUCCCUACUCAAACAGCAGAAACAGAGAUAGAUAUCAGUAUACCUGCAGCCACAGCUCCCACUACAGACCACCCGAACAUAGCUUUAGAAAAGGAUCAGGUCGGGAAGGAGAUCUGCUCUGCUGCUCCCACGCUGAAUAAUGUCAACUUAGACAAGACGGAAGAUGGGAAAAAGAACAGAACCUUAAAAGGAAGGGAGAAGGAACAACAGAUAAUUGGCGGCAAGGAAUCCACUGUAGAGAUGCAUCAAAGUGCAGUGGCUCCUCUCUCGUGUCCUCCUACUACAGAACGAGGAGACACUCAGGUGAAGGGAGUGGAAAAUGAUGGCUGCCUGAAUGCCGAGAUUAAUGAUGGCAAUGCGGCAAACAAAGCAAUCUGUGAUUCAGGGGGUGUGGGACAAGCAGGCACCGAGACAAGCGAGUUAUCCGGUCUUGGCUCCACAAAUCCUCCCAUGGGCUUGGCAGCGGAUGCCGCCCCUUCACCUUCCUCUUCGGAGCCUAUAUUAUCUGGAUCUCUUGUAACGAUUGCAUCCAACCUUGCAGCACCGGACACAAAGUCUAUGGCAGCCCGGCCCUCUGAAUCCAGCACCGAAAAUGCUGUUUUAUCAGAGUCACGCGACACUGUGCCGGCCUCCAAAGAAGCUUCUGAAAUUCAUCAUGCAGUGGAGUCUGAGCUGACGCUCGACGAUGAAGCCAAAGUGCUCCCCAGGGAGCCUGAACCCAUCGAAACCGGGCAGCUCCCAGCAGCCGAGCCUCUCCAUCAGGCUAAAAUGCUUGAUUCUCUGCCAUCAAACGCUGAAAAAAUUAAUAGCGCUUCUGACCUUAAAGCAGAACCUAUAAGUGCUCAGCCUGAACGCAGUGGUAUGCUUUGCUGCCGCAGUGCUGAACACAAACCCCCAGUCACUGGCCUUGAUUUCACGUCUAGAGGAUACCCAUAUGUAACCCCCGGUAACCAAACAGAGGAAGACAAGGAGGAAGACUACGCAGGAAAAGAUUACAGACAGCAAGAGACGGAAGUGCUGCCUAGAGAAAUGCUCAUAGAUGAAACACCCGUGCAGAAGAAACAGGAAGAAAGAAGCAGACAGGAGAAAUAUGAAGAGAGCCCUGAUCCUGGAUUAGUCUCGGCUAGCAUGGAGCUGUCUGAAGACCCAUUAAAUCGGAAUGUAGGAUUAAGCGGGGGGCUACAUCUGUCUGCGGAUCAGAACCAAUCCCUCCCGGUAACAGAGACAGAAACGUCCUCAAACCAUGUCGGUGACUACACAUGGGGAGGAAGCUCAGCUAUGCGCCAGUACAGUCUGGAUCCCAUCCCAAAAACCUCCCAGCAUCCGCAGCAGCAGGAGGCAGGCGGUGGCGGAGAUCCACAGGAGCGUGACGCACCCUCCGCCGACGAUUGGCAAGGUGUGCCAGGCUUCCAUGAGGAGGAGGAGCAGUUCAGGAAUGCAGCAGCCCUGAAAUGUGCUGAGGGCGGCACUGCCAGGGAGGAGAUUCCACUAGGUGGCGCUCAAUCCUGCCCCUCAGUCUCAGACCUAUCUGAUAAAUCAUCAGAUAUGGUCUCUGCUGGUUCCACUCAGGUUAUAGCGAGCAAGAAUGGGCCAGAGCAAAGUCUGGGGCCGGAUUUUUCAAUCUCAACCGGAUCUGUUCCAAAGUCAGGUGACCAGGACAAAAAUGAUCGAGACACACUGACACCAGGCUGUAAAGAAAAAGAAACUAUAUGUGACACGAAAGUAGACACUGUGGCUGUUGUACCUACAUCUCAGCAGAGGGAUGCCGUAGCCCAUGACCAUGACAUUGCAGCACCAAUCCACAAGGAGAUCCCCAUUCAGUGCUCUCCUGCGACAGCUUCUGUCUUGGACAACGUAGCAACGAGUCUGUUUCAAGACCCUAUGGUGCCUCCUACACAUUUCGUUACAUCUCUUGCCUGUUCAGAUAAUUUAAUGCGUGAACAACAAGUUGCUGCAAGUUUCCACAUUCACAGUGCGGCUCAGGAAUGCCACGGACCCCAGGCAGAUGUGGAGCAAUGGCCUACAGUCCCACCGUUAGCAGACAAGUCUGCCAGUCAUCCCACCUUGAGCAUAUUUCCAACCUGUGACUCAUGCGACCCACGACACCCGGUGUGUGGACCUACUGCUGAGGGUGAAGUGGACAGCCCUUUAUCCACAGCAGCGACCAGGGAACGUGAGGAACUGGAGCAGCCAGAAAAUGCCACCACAGGGUGGCAGAGUUCAGCCUCGGAAUCAUCUGAGGACAGCCAUCUGUUCAGUCAGGCCAACAGUUCCAUAGAGAGUAACAAAGUGGUUCCCCAAUCAAUCCAGGAAGCAUACAUAAGUUAUGAGCAAGCUCUUGUUGUAACUAAGGAAGGACAACACAGAGCGGUCCAGGCCACUCCCACCGUGUCCCUUGAACGUGGAUCCUUUUCAGAUUUUAAAGAUCAAAGCAGAGGAUCAAAAGGUGUGAGAGACGGCAAUGAGGUUGUACAGGACACUGAUACUGAUACCCAGAGACAGCUUGUUUUCCGGCCUCUCAGUGAGGAAAAUAAGGAAUUAUUGAAGGAAACGGAGUUCGGAGUCCCUGCUGGAGCUGAAGAACACUCAUUCUCAGCAUGCCCCCGAAGCAGUGUGGCGCUCAACAAGAUCCCUACUUCCAGAGAAGAGGAGGAUCUUCUGUUUGAUGGGAUGCGGGUAGAGGAGGAGCACGACUUUGGCACGGUUCCCACAGGGACACUGGCUGGGGAUCUGCACCCGAGUGACACACCGACGUCACUACAGGCACACGGCCCCCCGCUCGCAACGGACUCCCCUCCAGAGCCCAUUGCUGCAGACUGCGACAGUGUCCACGCUGACCCAGACGCAGCUCAUCUCACUGCACACAGCUCAGGUAGACAGUCUGUGUGCCAGAGCAGAGGCUUAGAUGGAGGCUUAGGGACAGAGGCAGUGUGUCAGAGCAAAGACUCUGAUGGAGGCUUAGGGACAGAGGCAGUGUGUCAGAGCAAAGACUCUGAUGGAGGCUUAGGGACAGAGGCAGUGUGUCAGAGCAAAGACUCUGAUGGAGAGCAGCACGCUGGAGUGACCUCGGAGGAUACAGGCUGGCUGAUAAGAUCCCUGCGAGAAGCAGCCACUGUCUCUCACACGGAGCAAACACGCAGCCACACUGAAGACGUCUCCCAUGACAGCCCCAUCCAACAUCUAACUUCACCCCAAGUCAGCCUAGAAUUCUGUAAGGCCGACGAGGAAACAGCGCCCCCAGAAGGCAAGAAGGAAGACCAGCCUGAUCUCAGGUGCUCCCUGAUUGGACAGACUGAAGCAAGAGGCUCCGCCCCCAACUUGCCAGAGUCCUCUGAGAAACCAGCUCUCCAGCCACACCUACCCAACUACCUUCUUGAGGAGAGUGCUGAUUUCCCCACCCCUCCUCCCACGCCCCCUGAGAGGUGCACCCCUGCUCUUCCACACAGUGAGCCCCCAGCACCUCGGACCCCCCCGCCAGCCCCUCCAGUUCCUGAUCUCCCCACACCUACCCCAGUGCGGGUAGAGUGCCCCACAGUUUGCCCACAGGACUUUGGACUCAGGAGCUCCGACUCAGACGGCGCAUUUGAGACCCCCGAAUCGACCACCCCGGUGAAGGCCGCGACACCCCCUCUGCCCCAAGCAGAGCCAGACGCACCGACGCAGCAGCCGUCCUCCCAGGACACGGGGUUCUGUUCCGACUCUACACAUGUGUCAGAGUCCGUGUCCCUGAGCGAGCCGCUUUCAGACCCUCCGGUCUUCCAGCCCCCCUGCCGCUCGAACUCGGUCGUCUUUGACGAGGACAAGCCCAUCGCCAGCAGCGGUGCCUAUAACCUUGACCUGCUUGCCUCCGAGCCUUUCCCUGAUUCUGCUUUUGCACCUGUGCUGAAAGACGACGGUGGGGGAAGGCGCCGAUCCACGGACUGCGUGACCCUGACCCGCUGUCCACUAACCCGGUCCCUCAGCCUCCAGGCAGGGGAAUUAGAAAAUCCGGAAGAGGGGUCCGACACGGGCGUCCCAGGAAGCUCGGCCCAACCGAAGGCUGAAGCCUUCAACGUCGGCACAGAGAGCGCUCCGGGGACGCUCCGCAAGAGCAAGAAGCCCAGGUCGGCCUCCUUUAAGAAGAAGCCUCUCUCCAGGCAGAGCUCCAAUACUGCCAGCUCCACUGAAGGCACAGCCGUCAGCUCCCCCCCAGAGGCCAAGAAGAAGGCCAAGACCAGGCCAGAGAGCCCUUUACUGCCCAAAGAGGAGGAGGAGGAGGAGGAGGAGAAGGAGGGAAGCUCAGCCAUCACAAGCCCUGGUGGAACGCUAAGAAAAAACCAGCUUAAACCAGAAAGCCCAGUCCCUAAAGCCGAGGAAUCAGAACUAAACAAAGUAGCCCCUAUUUCCCCUGUUCACCCCCAUACUUCCACAUUCCCCCCGGUCCCAGACGAAGAUUCUCCCAUUCUCCCAAAGGGAUCCUACAACUGGGACCCGGACAAUUUUGAAGGAAUAGACCCAUUCCAAACCGGAGGUAGUAAGAUUGCCAACUCCCCAGUGUUAAGUAGGAAAGGGGUAUCGUUUACAUCUGCCGUUGAUCCUCCAUUUGUGCCCGAGGACCCUGCUCCCUUGCCCCUCCCCUCGCCCCCAGUGCCUGCCCUCACUACCAUUGCCAGCGUCACCACCAGCACCCCUGGCGACGAGCAGCCCCUGAACAAGCGCCAGUCGGUCCGGCUGGAGUUCGACUAUUCGGAGGAGAGCGGGGAAUCUCCGCGAGACUCCACACCCCCACCGAAGAAGCUGGGCAAGAAACCAGGAGCCAAGAUGCCCCUCCGGAAGCCAAAGUUGGGAAUGCGGAAGCCUCCACCCCCUGAGGAGCCUCUUGACAAUGCCCCCGCCCAGCCACCAGCCAAGAACGAAGACAUGCCAAUCCCUAAGGCCGUGUAUAAUUUUGACCCCAGCAAGUGGGAUGAGCCCAACUUCAACCCCUUUUCUUCCACCAGUGCGAUGCCCAGCUCGCCGCAGCUCUCCCACACCAGCUACAACUUUGACCCGGACACUUUUGAUGACUCCAUCGACCCAUUCAGAUCCUCCAGUAAGAUAGGGAGCUCUCCGCCUAAGACCUCACCAGCCUCGUUUGAGGUCCCUGCCAACGACAAUGACAACGACAGCAUCAGAGAGCUUGAGGAUCCCAACCAGAAUAAGCCAGCAAAGAAAAAGAAGGCGCCCUUAAAAUCGAUGUUCGGCGACGGCUCGUCUCUUUGUUGUCUGUUUAACACAUUUAGGGUGAAGAAGUCUCCUAAGAGGUCUUCCCUAUCGGAGACAUCAUCCCAGGAGCCCACCCCCCGUGCCACUCCUGACACACCACCCGUUGUCCCGCAGGACGAACACGCCACUGACGAGGAGAAGCUCGCCUCCUCUUCCAAUCAGAAGUGGGCCACUCUGCAGGGAGUGGAGGCGGAGCUGAACUCUGACCCCCGGGAUUACCCCCAGCCCUCUGACCUCACUGACUUCGAGAGCAGCCUGUCGUCACAGACCCAUGACUAUGAGAUUGAGUACAUGGAGAAGAUUGGAUCUUCCACUCCAGCAACCUCUGGGAAGAAGCCAUCUCUUUACCUGAAGCUGGACUCUGUGACAGACAGCCCUACCAAGGGCUCCCGGUCAAGGAACUCUGAGCCCAGCUCCCCCUGCACAGGGAGCUUCGAGGAGAUGGAGGCGCAGAUCGCCGGGGGCGCCAAGUCACCAGUGCUGCACCCCCCCCGGGGAGCCCCGGAGUCAGAGAAGAGCCGGAAGCGGGAGAGCGACACGCUAAUCCGCGGCCCGGGCGGCGAGCGGGACGGAGUGACCCUUCCCCAGGACCCUGAGGACCCCAGCAACGCCUUGCUGUUAGACAGACUGGUGGAGUCUGGGGGCCCUCUUCACUACCUGGAGCCCGACCUCGCUGAGACCAACCCCACUGCAUUCGCUCAGAAGCUGCAGGUGUGUGUCUCAGAGAUCUCUCCCCAGUGCCCUUUGACCCCUGACCAUGUGACCCACUCGCCCAAUCUCACUAGGCCUCGUUCCACCUUCCUCUCCUUUCUUACGUUGUCUUCUUCCUUUUCCAUCCUUACCCCUCUCUAUUAUUGGAGGAUAGUAACAGAGUAUGAAAAGACAAUUGCACAGAUGAUCGAGGACGGGCAACGGGAGAAGUCGCUGUCCCAUCACACCAUCCAGCAGCUGAUUGUGGAGAAGGACCAGGCUCUUGCAGACCUCAACUCCGUGGAGAAGUCCCUAGCUGACCUGUUCCGCCGCUACGAGAAAAUGAAGGAUGUGUUGGAAGGCUUCCGCAAGAACGAGGAGGUCCUGAAGAAGUGUGCCCAGGAGUACCUGUCUCGAGUCCGGAAGGAGGAGCAGCGCUACCAGGCCCUGAAGAUCCAUGCUGAAGAGAAGCUGGACAAGGCGAAUGCUGACAUUGCACAGGUGAGAGCCAAGGCCAAGCAGGAGCAGGCGGCCUACCAGGCGAGCCUCCGCAAGGAGCAGAUGAAGGUGGAGUCCCUGGAACGUACACUGGAGCAGAAGAACAAAGAGAUCGAGGAGCUGACCAAGAUCUGUGACGAGCUCAUCUCCAAGAUGGGGAAGAGCUAACGGUGCGUCUGUGCUCCAUCAUCCUCCAUGCAUCUGCUCCGGGCUGGAGAUGGAGAGAGAGAUGAAAAAAGGAGAGAACUGUGUCAACCAGCCAUGGCCAUGUGCACACAACGCGGCAGAGAGCUUGGAGGCCCCCCCGUGGGCCCCCACACCACUGUAUCUCCAUCACGGCCACAAUUGUGCCUCUGACGACUCAAAGAGGACGACUGGCUUCAUAACACUUUUGUGCUUUGUGAUGUUUUACAAUUAUACACAUAUAUAUAUAUAUAUCAAGUUUCCUGUAUCAGGGGUCUUGUGAACACGGACUCUCGAGGUCUUUGGAGAGAAGGGGAGGAGAGUGGAAGGGGAAGGUGGACGACAACCGGACGCAUCAGACUGGCAAAGCGAACCCUUCAAAAGGGGCAUAGAUGCAACAGUGGGUCAUUAAUGAAAUGAAAGAGCAAGUAGUGUAACAAAUCAAUACAAUUAAUCAUUGAGGUGGUAAUAUUAAUAAUGGCCAUAAUGUUCAUUGCAUGUAACAGGUUAAAGAUCCUUUUCUUUUUGUAAAUAUGUGGGCUGAAUAUAGAGCACAUCUGCGGUUUUUGAUACAAUAAUCUGCCAGUGCCACCCGCUUUCCUCGUGUAACAUUGUAGAUACCUUGUGUGUUUGUUCGAAGCUUCGGGGAGGGAGAGAUAGUUUGGG